AUGUCUGGUCGUGGGAAAGGUGGUAAAGGUUUGGGGAAAGGGGGAGCUAAGAGACACCGAAAAGUCCUUCGAGAUAACAUUCAGGGUAUUACUAAACCGGCUAUCCGCCGUCUGGCUCGUCGUGGGGGAGUGAAGCGUAUUUCGGGACUGAUCUAUGAAGAAACGCGCGGUGUGUUGAAGGUCUUCUUGGAGAAUGUUAUCAGAGAUGCUGUGACAUACACCGAGCACGCUAAGAGGAAGACUGUGACUGCUAUGGAUGUCGUCUAUGCUCUGAAGCGGCAGGGUCGCACCCUGUAUGGCUUUGGAGGCUGAAGAGCUACGGUCUUGAAUUCACACCUAAAAACUCAAAGGUCCUUUUCAGG